GGCCUUGAACUUUUUCAAUAAAGCACCUUGCUUUGCAUUGGCGUAGAUUUGGAAUUAAACCAAAUUUACGGACCAUGCCGCCCAUCGAAAGUACUCCGAUGGUGGUUGUGCCAGAGGUAAAAUCAAGCGAAGAAGUUGCAGCAGCUAAACCAGUAAUUGGAAUAAUUUACCCACCUCCUGAAGUGAGGAAUAUUGUUGAUAAGACUGCAAGCUUUGUAGCUAGAAAUGGUCCUGAGUUUGAGAGCAGGAUUCGUCAGAAUGAAGUCAAUAAUCCAAAGUUCAACUUUUUGAACCCUGCCGACCCUUAUCAUGCCUACUACCAACACAAAGUGAAGGAGUUUAAGGAAGGCAGAGGACAAGAGCCUGCAGCACCAAAGUUUGGAGGGCAGUUGCCAGGAUUACAGAAACCUUUACUGGAGCAGGCCAGGAUCAUUGAUAUACCUAUCAUACCCACAGAGCCACCAUCAGAGUUUGAAUUUGUCGCUGAUCCGCCGUCUAUUUCAGCUUUUGAUCUGGAUGUGGUCAAGUUGACUGCCCAGUUUGUGGCCAGAAAUGGACGCCAAUUCCUCACCAAUCUGAUGAACAGGGAGCAAAGGAAUUACCAGUUUGACUUUCUCAGACCACAGCACAGUCUCUUUAACUACUUCACCAAGCUUGUGGAGCAGUACACCAAGAUCCUGAUCCCUCCCAAGGACUUGCUUACACAGCUCAAGUCAGAGAGUGAUGACUACCACAAAGUGCUCAACCAGGUCAAAUACCGCGUGGAGUGGGCCAAGUACCAGGAAAGGGAGCGCAGGAAGGAGGCAGAGGCCAUUGAGAGAGAAAGGGUGGCCUAUGCACAAGUUGACUGGCAUGACUUUGUAGUGGUAGAAACAGUGGAUUUCCAACCAAGCGAACAAGGUAACCUGCCACCCCCGACCACACCAGCUGAAGUGGGAGCUCGUGUGUUGGCCCAGGAGAGAAUAGACAGAGGAGAGGUAGACGAGGGAGAGGAAAUGGAGGUCGAGUCUGAUGACGAAGAAGAGGUUGAAAUAGAAAAGAAUGUUGGAAAGACACGAACAGCAGAAAUAGAACUACAGGACAUGGACGAGUCUUCAUCUGAAGAGGAGGAAGAAUUACAGCAGAAUAUCGCUCUGCCUCGCCCCCCGGCGCCUGCUCCACCCCCUCCACCACCUCCCAGCGAGAUACCAGCCCCACCCCUCCCUCCCAUGCCAGAUCAGGUGGUCGUUAGAAAGGAUUAUGAUCCUAAAGCUAAGUCUCUCCCAAUAGACGAUUUGUCCGACCAAUACCUUAUUUCUCCUAUCACUGGCGAGAAGAUUCUUGCCCACAAAGUACAGGAGCACAUGAGGAUCGGUUUGUUGGAUCCGAAGUGGAUUGAGGCACGUAAGAGGACAAUCACAGAGAAGAGAGACCAGGAGGAAGUGUUCGCUCCGGGCUCGGCCAUCGAGAGCAGUCUGAAAAUGUUGGCUGAGAGACGUACUGACAUCUUUGGUGCUGGUGUAGAGGAGACCCAGAUUGGUAAAAAGAUUGGUGAGGAGGAGAAGAAAGAGAAGAAGGUUGUGUGGGAUGGACACACAGCUUCCAUGGAGAAGGUCACACAGAAGGCUCGGGAGAACAUCACCAUUGAAGAGCAGAUCGCCGUCAUUCACAAGGUCAAGGGCCUCCUACCAGAUGAGGAGAAGGAAAAGAUUGGACCAGCCAUACCCAAGCAGCCUCCUCCUCCCAAAGCUGCACCACCACCUCCCCCUCCAAAAUCCCAGCCCCCACCCCCACAGGUCAAGCCGUCGCCCAUGCAGCAGAAAAUGCCUCUUCGGCCCCCACAGCAGCACAUGCCACAGCCUUUGAUGCAGCAGCCACGUGGUGGCCUGAUGGUGCUGCCACCCAGGCCACCAAUGCCUAUGGGAAUCCACCCACAGAUGCACAUGCCACAACAUAUGAUGCCCGGCCCCCAUGGUCCUCCCCAUCCCCCAAAUUACCCUCCGUCUCUGAUGGGCAACAGACCCCCUGGUCCCCCACACAAGAGUCAUCAUCCACCCCCGCCCUCUAUGGACGAUGAACCUAUGUCAAAAAAACAGAAAACAGAGGACCAGCUCAUUCCAGAGGUGGAAUUCCUCAAGAGAAACAAGGGUCCAGUCACCUUUAAAGUGGUCAUUCCAAAGGUCACAGACAAGGCAGAAUGGAAGUUGAAUGGACAGACACUGUCCUUCACACUUCCCCUCACCGACACGAUUUCUGUAAUGAAAGCCAAACUGAACGAGAGUCUGGGACUCCCGGCGGGAAAACAGAAGUUGCAGCACGAGGGAAUUUUCAUGAAAGACUCCAACUCGCUGGCUUACUACAAUUUCAUGAAAGGCGCGACUGUUCAGCUACAACUGAAGGAAAGAGGAGGACGUAAGAAGUAGAAACCUGACCAUCUACAGCAGAACUGUUUACAGACCGUAGUGGCAGUAAUGAAAGAGAAUCAUUAUCCAUAUAGUUUUCAUGAAAAAUUGAGUAAGCUGUUGUGUCAGCAACAAAGACAGAAGAUAGAACUGUAGGUUUGUGUUGUGUUUGAGUUUGCUUGUAGACCUAUAGCAACGUCACUCCAGGUACAUUAUGUAAAUAUUUCUUUAUUUGCAAUUAAUUCAAACACAAUUUAUCCAAGUUGACACAUUACAAGUCAAAUGUAAAUACUCAUUGUAAACCAAAGCUUAAUUCAUUCAGUUCAUAAAAUAGAAAGGUUAUGGGACAGAUUCCUUUAUCACAGGUAAAGCAUGUGUUUGGGAGGUAAAUGAUAAUUCCAGUGGUUGACCCCAACCCAUUAACAGUAGAUAAAGGAAUCCAAUCCCUGUCUCCCACCCCUUAUCACUGUGCUAAAUCUCUACCUGGCUAUCGGAGCCAGACACAAAGAUGUCCUCCUGUUGUAUAUAAUAUACCUUAUCUUUUACUUUUGCUUUGGUUAAAUAGGGAAUGGUGAUUGUUCAGUUAUUUCUGAGAAUGCAGUUGAAAUAUUAUGAUCAGGUCCUCGCAACCUUAUCUCACCUUUGAACUCAGAUGCAAAAUUGUAUUUUUGUAUGGAAUUCAGACUUAUAGGUACAUAAGAAGGCACAGUGUCCCAUUCAAAAAAUGGAACACAGCAAUGUCAAUUUGACCUUUCCCUCAAUUACCAAAAUGCAGGUUUCCAGGCAUCAUCAUAUUCUUGUAGGGAGAUAAUACUUGGUACGCAUGUGCAUUAUAAUGAAGCAGUGGCUGGUGAACCAGUAUGGGGUCACUACAUGGUGAACCAGUAUGGGGUCACUGCAUGGUGAACCAGUAUGGGGUCACUGCAUGGUGAACCAGUAUGGGGUCACUGCAUGGUGAACCAGUAUGGGGUCACUGUAACUUCGGUUCUUUAUUUUGUCAUAUAAAAGUUGGUUGCAGGGUUAAAUUAUUCACAAACUCAAAAGGUAGCUAGUAGUUUUAUUCCUGAUAAUGUUGUAUAAACAAAUUUGUUUGCAUCAAAAGCUUUGUUGAUUUGUUUAAACUGAAUGUCACAGACGCAACUAGAAGUAUCUUGCACAUAUCUUAUAUAUAUUUGAUGUCAUUAUGUCAUUGUUUAUAUCAUGAUGUUGUAUAUAAAUAAAAUAAUUGA